GGCAUCUCUUUAUCUUGCCUUCUCUGCCAUCUCACAAACUUCUGAUUGCUUGCUUAAAAUUAAGAUAGUUUUUUAUUCCUCUUCGAACCCCAACAUUAAUGGAUGCCGACCGUCUGAUUCACACUCUCAUAUACGUGAUGGUCGUUCCGCUGGUCUUCCUAUGCUUGUGCUUCAUCCUUCCUCCCUUCUUCAUCGUCAGAUCCAUUCUCUCCAUCUUAAGCCAUCCUUCCAGCGAGAGCUUGCAAGGAAAAGUCGUUCUCAUCACCGGCGCUUCAUCGGGAAUCGGAGAGCAAGUGGCCUAUGAGUACGCCAAGAAGGGAGCUUGUCUGGUUAUAGUGGCGAGGAGGGAGGAGCAGUUGCAAAAGGUUGCAGAGAAUGCUCGCCGGCUGGGCUCGCCGGACGUUGUUCCGGUUUGUGCUGACGUGUCAAAUGCCGAUGACUGUAAGCGUUUUGUCAAUGAAGCCAUCAACCAUUUUGGUCGAUUGGAUCACUUGGUGAAUAAUGCUGGAAUUGGAUCUCUUUGCUUGGUUGAAAAUGUCCCUGAAGUUACAAAAUUUGUGCCUGUUAUGGACACAAACUUUUGGGGGAAUGUAUAUCCAACAUACUUUGCAAUUCCUCACCUCAAGAAGACCAAGGGCAAGAUUGUAGUCAAUUCCUCUGUUACUGCUCAUUUACACCCACCAAAAUUGAGCUUCUAUGCUGCAAGUAAAUCAGCACUAAUAAGCUUCUACGAGACAUUGAGAGUGGAAUUAGCCCCUAUAAUCAAGGUUACUAUUGUAACUCCCGGUUUUGUAGACACAGAGAUGACUCAAGGAAAACUCUUAUCUAGAGACGGAAACAUGACAGUAGAUGGACGACUGAUAAGAGAAUUUCUAAGUCAAAGGUUUCCAAUGAUGGGUUCAAGUGCUUGCGCAAAUGCUAUUGUUGAGGCAGUCUGUCGAGGAGACAAAUACGUGACUGAACCGAAAUGGUAUAAGCCAUUCUUUAUCGUAAAAGUUCUCUGCCCUGAAUUGUUUGAAUGGUUUUAUACCUUAAUGUACUUGAAGUCAAUGAGAUCAAGUAGCAAUGGUCCUAGUGACACAACACCGAUUCAAUCAUCACAAGCUAAAGACGACUAAGGAUAUGAUCAAAGAUGCAAAUGACGGUCUUCUUAAUGUCUUUCUUGGACCUAAAUUUAUAUAUUGAUUUUCUCUUCACUUCCGUUCAUUUUUGUUACAACAUUUAGAAUGGAGAUCAUUGUAAUUAUGAAUAAGAAAGAACAUCCCAUUCCAUUUUGUGCAUUGCGUUCAUUUGGGUUUAAAGCCUAUUUGUAUUAUUUUUAAACAUAGACUUUUAUCACCAUGGAGUAACUAGUAAGGUUCAUAGUUUCAUUGAUGAA